AUGUUAAAAACAUUUACUUCUCUAAAGGGCUGUAGCACUAAAACUUGUGUUUCAUCUAUCAGAUUUUACACCCCAAUUCAUACAACAAGGGAUAAUGAUUUUGGUGCUAUUUCUAAAGAAUCUAAAUAUUUGAAAAAACCUGUCGGUUCACAGGCUGCCAAGAUCUUAAAAAACCAGUUACCACCAUCUCCUCAAACUACAAGGUUGUCUUCUAAUGGUGUUAUCGAAUGUCCCUUGACAGGACUUCAAUUACUAAAUUCACCGCUAUUUAACAAGGGAUCUGCUUUUACACAAGAAGAAAGAGAAGCUUUUGGUCUAGACGGCCUGUUACCUCCACAAGUAAACACUUUGGAAGAACAAGUGGAAAGAGCUUAUAAACAAUAUUGCGAUUUAAAAGCUCCCUUGAGGAAAAACGAUUUCAUGACAAGUUUAAGGGUUCAAAACAAAGUUUUGUAUUUUGAAUUGGUUAAAAGGCAUAUUAGGGAAAUGAUCCCUAUUAUCUAUACCCCUACUGAGGGUGAUGCGAUUGUUGCUUAUUCUCAUAGGUUUAGGAAACCAGAAGGUGUCUUUUUAGAUAUUACGGAACCAGACUCCAUUGAUCGUAGAUUGGCAGCCUAUGGUGAAGACAAAGAUGUUGAUUACAUUGUUGUUACUGAUGGUGAAGGUGUUCUAGGUUUGGGUGAUUGUGGGUGUGGUUCUGUCCGUAUUGCCAUCGCUAAACUAGGUUUGAUGACUACCUGUGGUGGUAUCCAUCCAGGUAGAGUUUUACCAGUUUGCUUGGACACUGGUACAAAUAAUAAGAAAUUGGCUCGUGACGAACUAUAUAUGGGUAACAGAUUUAGUAGAAUUAGAGGCAAACAGUACGAUCAUUUUAUAGAGAAAUUUAUUCAGUCUGUUAAAAAAAGAUUCCCCAAUGCUGUUUUACAUUUUGAAGAUUUUGGUGUUUUGAACGCUAAGCCUAUUUUGGACAAGUAUAGAGACGUUAUUCCCUGUUUUAACGAUGAUAUUCAAGGUACCGGUGCUGUAGUUAUGGCUUCCUUUAUUGCUGCUUUAAAACAUACUAAAAGGGAAUUGUUGGAUAGCAAAGUUUUGAUUUAUGGUUGUGGUUCUGCUGGUCAAGGUGUUGCUAACCAGGUUAUUAACCAUAUGAUUACACACGGUGCUACUGAGGAAGAAGCACGUUCCAGAAUUUUUGCUAUGGACAGACAUGGUUUGAUUUUGGAUAGUAUGGGUGAUGUUUCAUCUACGCAGCAAAUGGCUUAUGCUAAACCGGAUAAGGAUUGGGAAGGUAUAAAUACCAAAUCGUUGGUUGAUGUUGUAUCUAAAGUCCAUCCAACUUGUUUGAUCGGUUGUUCCACUCAAGCUGGUGCGUUCAAUGAACAAGUUGUCAAAGAAAUGUAUAAACAUAACCCAAGACCAAUUAUUUUCCCUCUAUCGAACCCAACUAGGUUACACGAGGCUGUCCCAGAAGAUUUAAUGAAAUGGACUAAUUUUGAUGCUUUGGUUGCUACAGGUUCUCCAUUCAACCCUGUUGCUGAUCCAAAUGGUGAGUUGUAUAGAAUAUCUGAAAAUAAUAAUUGUUUUUCUUUCCCUGGUAUUGGUUUAGGUGCCGUUUUAAGUCGUGCUUCUUCUAUCACUGAUAAGAUGAUUAGUGCUGCUGUUGAUCAAUUGGCUGACUUGUCACCAUUGUUGAAAGAUAAUUCGAAGCCUGGGUUAUUACCAACUAUCGAAGAAAUCAAUGAAACAUCUGCUAAAGUUGCUACUGCUGUUAUUUUGGAGGCUCUAAAAGAAGGUGUUGCUCGUAUUGAAAAUGAGCCUGUCCCAGGUGCUCCUCAAGGCACCACUGUUAAAGUGCCAAGAGACUUCGACAAAUGUCUAGAAUGGGUUAAGAAACAAAUGUGGAAUCCGGAUUACAGACCAAUGGUCCAAGUUAGAUUAGAUCCAGCUGUUCACACACAUCAAUUGUGA